AUGGAGAAGUCAUCCUCGGAGCCCGUUCUCACACAUGAGGACUACGCGGUGCCCUGCCACGGUAUUGGCGAUACGGGACCGGCCAAGCGAGUGACUCAUGGGGCCAUGUCCAAGGAUGAUGGGACCUUCUCGAGCAGAAUCAACCAGAUCCAGAAAGCGGCCGCGAAAGGCCCUGGUCCUGGCAAGUAUAUGGGCCACGAGGACUGGAGGUUGCAUGGUGGUAGCAAGUUCUCCAAGAAGGAGCGUGAGGGCUUUCCGCCGCACAAGAAUCCUGACCCGACGCACUACGAGCGCAAGGAUUUCUUCCAGUUCCCCUGCAACCGCAGCAAGGACUGUUUGUCCCAAAACCGCCGCGUGGUCUUUGGCCGAGUUCCCAAAGGGAACCGGCGUUCAUUUCUGGAUGGUGCUAUGCGGCAUGGCAAGGAGGUGCCGGCACCUGGACACUACACCAGCAAGCAGGUGUGUGCUCACCGUCUGAACACCAAUCCAUGUGGUGUCACCAACUGGAAAGUGGAGAGCGCUGCCGCCGGGAAAGUAGCACCCGACAGAACACUCGCACCCAACCACUACACCAUCAACUAUAACCAGGUCACGGACAAGCAGUCGUGCUACACCGUCCCUAAGGAGAAGGCCUCCAACUUCUUGGACAAGGUCGUGAAGGAGAAGUGGAUCGACGUGAGGACCAAGAGAGAGAUGCCUGGCCCGGGCACAUACAAGACAUUUGACAGCGAAGCGAUUGACAAGCCAGGGCCCCUUGGCUGGGCCCUCAAGGGUGCGCUUCGCGCCUCCGCCUCGGCCACAUGCAUUCCAGCAAUAACAAAGUCAUGCGAGCGGGCUCAGACCGAUGUCAAGAUUUCUCCUAAUCCUUUUGCCCGGGUACUGCUUGGAACCACGGCAGAGCAGUGGUUGAGGUGGCAUCAGGUCGUGCACACUUGUGCAAUAGAGCAUGUUCACAGCAACCGUGCGUUUCUCGGCAUAUGGCGAGACGUUUGCACGUAG